AUGUCUGAUGAACCGACUCUAUCUCAGUUAUCGUUCUCGCAAGAACUGUCGUCUUCAUGGCAAUUGAUGAUCGAUGAAAUUACUCAAGGAAAGUUCAACACUAACGAAGACGAGGGUACAGCUAUUUAUUCGUACUCCGAGCAAAAUCCUGAUGAUCGCUAUUUAAUGAGGCCAAACGAGCCUCAAUACAUUAGCGCUGGUUAUCCAGAUGGGCAGGUAGGGCAACUUCCUCGCGAAUUUGCCGUUAAUCAAAUUCCGUCCCCAAGAACAUUUAGUGACAACGUUUCCAGUUCUGCUGAUAAAGCUCGCGAAGCGUAUUACGGCCAAGCCGUUAACGGUGUCAGUGCUGAAACGUCACCACCGCUAAAGAGGGAUCCGUCUCUGCCUUCAAAUGCUGAAUAUAUUGGCAAUUUUGGCUUCGACAUCGCUAUUGAUCAGAACGAUAAUCCAACAAAGGCCACAAAUAAUACGUAUUCUACCAUGUUGAAGAAGUUAUUCAUCAAGAUGGAGUGUUUGUUUCCUAUCCACAUCACCAUAGAACGUAUGGAUUAUACAUUUAAAAUAGCAUACGGUAGUUUAGCGACGCGACGUAAUUGUAACCAAUUAAUAAUCCCAGGUGAGCCGCCAGCUAAUUCUUACAUAAGGGCCUAUGUAAUGUAUACAAAACCCCAGGAUGUUUAUGAGCCUGUCAGAAGAUGUCCUAAUCAUGCUUUGCGAGAUCAAGGAAAAUACGAAUCUUCUGACCAUAUUCUUCGCUGUGAAAGUCAAAGAGCGGAAUAUUACGAAGAUACUUCUGGACGACAUUCUGUAAGGGUUCCGUAUACUGCACCAGCAGUUGGAGAAUUGCGCAGUACUCUCUUGUACCAGUUCAUGUGCUUUUCAUCUUGCUCUGGAAGUAUAAAUCGACGUCCUAUCGAAUUAGUAAUUACUCUAGAAAAUGGAACGAACGUUUUAGGUCGCAAGAAGGUUGAAGUUCGAGUUUGUGCUUGCCCCGGCAGAGAUAGAAGUAAUGAAGAACGCGCUGCGAUGAAGUCGGAAAAAGAGCAUAAGCAACCCCCUAAUAAGAAGCUAAAAACUUCCAAAACUGUCUCAAGGGAGGUAACUGGUGUAAUCUCCAAUGAAAGUAAACGUAUCAUGAAGCGCAGCGUGGAGAGUACUAGCAACGAUGACGUCUUCACAAUCACGGUCCGUGGAAGGAAAAAUUAUGAGAUCUUAGCUAAAAUGAGCGAAUCAUUGGAAGUUUUAGACAAGCUAUCUGAUGCCCAAAUCAAUGAAAUUAAAAGUCAUGGUACUUUAACUGCACCUCUUGAACGAACAAACACUGAAGAACUUGUCCGCCGUCAGAGCCGCAACUUAGACACGCUGCAAAAUGCUGUAACGACAAAAGAGAAUUCUGACGGAGCUGACCUAAAUCUUUCCAUCAGUAGAUGGCUAAGUAAUAUUAACAUGGAAAAAUAUACACAAGAAUUCAUCAAGCAUGGUUUCAAAGUUUGUGGUCAUCUUGCGAAUGUUAGCUACUCGGAUAUGAAGAAGAUCAUUAAAAAUAUGGAGGACUGUAAAAAAAUUUCCGCGUAUCUGCUGGAGUCUAACUUUUCUAGUGGAAACGAAGAGGAUAUCCCUUGUAGCCAAAUUGGUAACAGUUUCCGUGCGUCGCAAAUGUCCAUGAAUAGUACGGCUUCGCAAGAAUUAGAUAUUACAAGGUUUACCUUACGACAAACCAUAACGUUGUAAACUCAAGAUCUUGUAUUGUAUAUAGUAAUAUAUAUAUAUAUAAAUAUAUAAAUAUAUGUAAUGUCCAUUACUUUGAUUACGUAUGCGCAUUUUAUUACCUUCAUUUUAAGGUAUAUGUGCGUAUACCAUAUACUAAUAGUGAUGUACCCAUUGAUGCGUCAUUAUAAUUCGUCCAUUACCGCAAUUGUAUUCAAAGUCUUAACUAUUGCUAUUGAUAUCAGCAUAUCGAUAGUCUUAACGUGCCUUUUAAUAACUACAGCUUUUUAUGACUUUUACUGUAAUUUCAUUUUUUCUUUUACUAUAAGUAAUAGUUG